AUGCAUAGGUCUGCGCCCCGCUUCUGCCCAGAGGAGUUCCCCCAAGCGCGAGGCGACUUUGCAUGGGGGGCCGCCCCGCCCGCCCCGCCCGCCCCCGCCGCCCCUGAGCCGGGGCUCGCCUACCCGCCGCCCCCCGACGCCAGCCGGACCCCCAGCCCGGAGCCCGGCUUCGCCUGCCGGCCCGCAGCCCCGGCGGCCGGAGGAGGCGGAGAGGCGGCCGGCGCGCUCCUGGGCUCGGCGUCCAGCCGCUCGCCCAGCCCGGACGGCGCCGGCUAUGGCUACGGCUCCGGCGCCGGCCGCCCCGACGGCAAAGGCGGCGGCGGCGGCGGCGGGGGCGGCGAGGACUCCCGCAUCCGCCGCCCCAUGAACGCCUUCAUGGUGUGGGCCAAGGACGAGAGGAAGCGGCUGGCCCAGCAGAACCCCGACCUGCACAACGCCGUGCUGAGCAAGAUGCUGGGUCAGUCAUGGAAAGCCCUGAGCGCCAGCGACAAGCGCCCCUUUGUGGAAGAGGCAGAGAGGCUGCGGAUCCAGCACCUCCAAGACCACCCCAACUACAAGUACCGCCCAAGGAGGAAGAAGCAGGCAAAGAAGAUCAAGAGGAUGGAACCCAACAUCCUUCUGCACAACCUCUCCCAGUCAUGCGGCGACAACUUUGGGCUGAACCCCCGCGGCGGCGGCAUCGGCCACCUGGGCCACGCCCAGCCUCCCCCUCUCAACCACUUCCGGGAACUCCGGUCGGUGGGCUCGGAUAUUGAAAACUAUGGCCUGCCAACACCGGAGAUGUCCCCCUUGGACGUCUUGGAGCAGAGUGAGCCGGCCUUUUUCCCGCCUCACAUGCAAGACGACUGCGGCGGAAUGUCCUUCCGGGGCUACCACCACCACCACCCUCCUCCCCCCCAGAUGGAGUUUUCCUCCGAAAAGAACCUGGGGCGGAACGUGCCAAUGGGCUACGCUCCGAACCCCCCAUCCCACCUGGCUGACGCCAUGAGGACUCCCCACCCACCUGGGCUGUACUAUAACCAGAUGUGUGCCGGAGCUGCCGGCGGUCUCUCGGCCCAUUUGGGUCAGCUCUCCCCGCCGCCGGAAUCGCACCACCUGGAUGGCGUCGAGCACUUGAACCCCAAUGAGCUUUGGACCGAGGUUGACCGCAACGAGUUUGACCAGUAUUUGAAUAUGAGCAGGACUCGUCCCGAGGCUCCGGGCCUCCCCUACCACAUCUCCUUGUCCAAAGUGACUCCUCGAAGUCUCUCCUGCGAGGAAAGCAGUUUGAUCUCAGCCUUGUCCGAUGCCAGCAGUGCCGUCUACUACAGCGCCUGUAUCACUGGGUAGGGCUUCUCCUUUGGGCCACAUCUUCACCGUGGAGAGCG